AUGGAUAUUCUAAGGAAGGUCUUCAUGGAAGAGGAAGUGGAUUUGGUGAGUAGAAUUCCUAUUAGUGUGAGUAAUGCUCAAGACAAGCUGAUAUGGAGGUGUACAAAAGAUGGUAGAUUCUCAGUUAGGAGUGCAUAUUAUUUGGCAGGGGAAAUGGCAGCUGAACAAAAAGGGCAGUCUUCUCAACUUAGGCAGAAGUGUGACUUAUGGACUAGACUAUGGAAGCUAAAGGUACCAAGUGCCACACAUGUAUGGGGGUACAAUCAAAACUGUUUACAAAAGUUGAAGGUGGUGGAUGUUCCUUUCAAGGAGUUGGUUACAGAACUGUUUGAUGGUUUAGAUGAGCAUAGCAUUACAGUUUUUGCUGAAACUGCCUAUAUGUUAUGGAGAAGAAGAAACAGUUAUGUGUUUGAAAGUAAGUUCUUGGACCCGAAUGCAUUAGUAAAGGCUGCCAAUCAAAAAGUCAUUGACUUCAUGGAGGCAAAUAAGAAAAUAGGGGAAGUAAGGGUUGCUGCUAAUCAGGUCCAGUCUUACUGGUGUGCUCCUCCUGAUCAGUUUCAUAAGGCCAACUUGGAUGCUUCAAUGGACAGGGCCAAGUGCAGAAUAGGCAUAGGAGUGAUUAUCAGAGAUUGGAAGGGUAAGGCAAUGGCUACACUCAGAUGCCAAAGGGCUCUAUUUCCAGAUCCAGUUAUAGCAGAGGCACUAGGGGCUCUAAAAGCAAUCUCACUGUGCCAACAACUAUAUAUAAAUAGAGUAAUUCUAGAGGUAGAUGCUAAAACAGUGGUGGAUGACAUUAACUGUGGUAUAGAGAAGUGGAACUCAGGAGGCAUGAUCAUACAAGACAUUAGGCACAAACUUAGGUUGAUGGAGCAGUGGUCUGUGCAGUAUAUCCAAAGGUCCAUUAAUGUUAUAGCUCAUUUACUAGCUAAGGAUGCACUUAAACUCUCUGAGGAGAGCAUUGUAUUGGAGGGAAUCCCUUCGUGUAUCCAAGCUUCAAUGCUUUAA